CCCAAAAAUAUUAUUCCCAUACGCAAAUAAAAACGCUCGCCAAAAUUGCACCAGCUCAGUGUGGCCUACAUUGUCAUUGGUCUCCAAUCGCGCAAAGCACCAUUUCACCAUGCGGACUUUGGCAAUCUUCGUGUUAGUGGGACUAGUGUCUGUAGCGGUGUCGGAGUACAUCCAUUACAUCAUCAAUAAAAGCUUUGAUAACGCUCUGAAGGAAUGUGCCCAGUACUAUGAAGUAAGCACUUGCGACCUGAACCAAUACGUGGCCGAGUCGUACCCCGACAAACCGGAAGUGCGUCGACUGGUGCGGUGUACCUUGAUCAAUCUGCAGAGCUGGUACGAUGCCACCGGACUGAUACAAAGUGAAAUUGUUAACUUCUUUGAACCCUCCCCGGCGGAUGACUGCUACGUAAAUAGAACCCAAGCAUGCCUCAAUGCCCUGAAUGCCACUGUUGACCCAACCGACGUAUACAAUGCUGCCUAUCAGUCGUUCAUGUGCUACUUCCGUAACUACGGAAACUUGGUAUCGACUGAUCAGUUCCUGCGAUAUGCACCUUUGGAGUACACGCAAGCCCUGGCAACCACGACCGAAGUCUUGGAGCUGUCCCAAGAUACGCUGGUGGAAUUCUGCAAGGGCAACAUCCUGAACAACGACCAAUUCCCAACUUUCCUGUACCAAUCAUCGGUACGGUUCGGAUUCUUCACGGUGCUUGGUGGUGUGCAGCUGAAGCGUCUCUACAAUCAAUUCGGUAAUGCUCAGCUGUUGGCACCAGAAACACAGCAGUGCGUCCAAAAAGUUGCUGAAGACUACUGUGGGUCCGACGAUACCACUAUAAUGUACCAGACCCACGUGCAGUGCUUGGAAGGUUUGGUCCCGACCGUGCAGUUGUUGCGAGAGUUUGCCAAGACCCAAGUCAGCGACCCAUCCGUUUGCGAUUGCACAUCGCCACAAAUUCAGGUGUACAACCUUGUGUAAUGCUCGUGUCGUGGAAGUGACGAUUUUUUUUCGAACCAUUGUUUCAAAAGCUGUUGGAAUAAUAAAAAAAAACUGGAAAGCAAUAAUGGAUUGGUUGUUGAUUUCUUGUGAUCCCCAGUUAAGUAAC